AUGGGCCUCAGAUGUCAAAUUAUAUCUAAAAGGAAAAGUUUAUUAUACACAUUAAUUGAACUUAAUCCCGUCAACAAAGGAAAGGGUAUUGAAAGAGACCCCACAAAAAUUGAGGAAGAUAAGGCAAAAGCUGCAUCAAUUUUGAGAUAUCAUUUAAUCGACAGUCUCAAACACGAAUACACCAAUUAUGAGGACCCAAAAUUACUUUGGGAAGAGCUAAACGAAAGAUUUGGCCAUAAUAAAAGUGUACUUCUCCCAAAGGCCAUCGAUGAAUGGCAUUUCAAGAAAUAUCAUGAAUUGCUGAAAACACUUCUUGUUGCGGAACAAAAUAAUGAACUAUUAUUGAAAAAUCACAAUAGGACACCUGUGGGGACUAUGCCCUUUAAUGAGACAAAUAUGAUUGAAAGGAAUGUGCGCCAUCGAGGUCGUGGGAACUAUUUCAUAAGAGGUAGAGGUCGUGGAAAAUAUCAUGAAAAGAGCAACAUGAAUACUUUUGAACAAGAAAAUUUCUAUGGCCGUGUCCAGAAACACAAAAGCACAUGUAAUAGAUGUGGCAUGACUGGACAUUGGGGGCGAACUUGCUGUACCGCCAAACACUUAGUGGAUUUAUAUCAAGCUUCCCAGAAAAACAAAGCAAAAGGGGCAGAAGCAAAUUUUGUAAAUGAAGCAAGUACAUCUGGGCCCAUCUUAGAUGUCUCCGAUUUCUUUAAUGAGAAUGUUAACCUCCACAAACUUGAUCCCCAAGAAGAAGAUAAUUACAUCUUUUGA